AUGCCUGCUACCGCCUCCCCAGCACGGGGCUUGGGCAUGCCCACCCAGCCUAACCGCGAUGAUAUUGACCAUACGUGGAACUACCUGGAGGAUGGCAUUUCACAGAUCAUGCUGAACUUGCAAUCAGGCAUGACUAUGGCAACGUACAUGGGUGUCUACACUGCCGUCCACAACUUCUGCACAUCUCAGAAGGCCGUUGGCUUUAACCCACAGCAGAACAUCAGCACAGGAGCUCAUCGAGGCGGUAAGCAUAUUCAUGGUGUCAUGUGUCCAGUACAAAAGCUAACAUCAGCAGCGCAUCUUCUCGGCGAGGAUCUUUAUAAGAAGUUGAUGAACUACCUGAACACCCACCUCGAGACCCUUGUCAAAGAAUCGACAAAGCAUACCGACGAAGCUCUACUGGCCUUCUACAUAAAGGAGUGGGAUCGCUACACCGUUGCUGCGAAGUAUAUCCAUCAUCUCUUCCGUUACCUCAACCGCCACUGGGUCAAGCGUGAGAUGGAUGAGGGCAAGAAGAACAUAUACGAUGUAUACACUCUGCACCUGGUCCAAUGGCGUGCCAUCUUCUUCGAGAAGGUGUGGGAGAAGGUCAUGGACGCAGUUCUCAAGCUGGUGGAGAAGCAACGAAAUGGCGAAACAAUUGAGUAUGGCCAGAUCAAGCAGGUCGUAGACUCUUUCGUUGCCUUGGGCCUGGACGAGACAGAUCCGUCUAAGACGACGCUCGACUGUUACCGGUACCACUUCGAGAAGCCUUUCUUGGAGGCAACAAAGCAGUUCUACCAAGCCGAGAGUAAGCAAUUCGUCGCAGAGAACAGCGUUGUUGAGUACAUGAAGAAGGCCGAGGCCCGAUUGGAGGAGGAAGAGGAGCGAGUCCGGCUGUAUCUUCACGCAGAUAUUGCACUGUCGUUGAAGAAGACGUGUAACCAAGCUCUGAUUGCUGACCACUCCAACCUACUGCGAGAUGAGUUUCAAGUGCUCUUGGACAAUGACCGCGAAGAGGAUAUGGAGCGCAUGUACAGCCUCCUGUCGCGCAUUCCCGAUGGUCUGGACCCCCUGAGGUCAAAGUUCGAGGCACAUGUACGCAAGGCAGGCUUGGCAGCCGUAGCCAAGGUUGCUCAAGACGCCGAGAAGCUGGAGCCCAAAGUCUAUGUCGAUGCUCUUCUGGAGAUUCAUACUCAGUACCAGGGCUUGGUUAAGCGAGCAUUCAACGACGAGCCCGAGUUCACUCGAUCUCUGGACAAUGCCUGCCGAGAGUUCGUUAACCGAAAUGAUGUCUGCAAAUCUGGAUCCAACAAAUCGCCCGAACUCCUCGCCAAAUACACCGAUAUUCUGCUCCGAAAGAGUGGCACUGGUGUGGAAGAGGCAGAGCUAGAGGCCACUCUAACGCAGAUCAUGACUGUCUUCAAAUACAUCGAAGACAAGGAUGUCUUCCAGAAGUACUACUCCCGCAUGCUGGCGCGUCGGUUGGUACAUAGUAACUCAUCAUCUGAUGACGCCGAGACCAGCAUGAUCAGCAAGCUCAAGGAAGCAUGCGGUUUUGAGUACACAAACAAGCUUCAGCGGAUGUUCCAGGACAUGCAGAUUUCCAAAGACUUGAACCAAGGCUUCAAGGAGCACGCCAGCCAGCUCGAAAACACCACCAUCUUGGACUCCCAGUAUUCUAUUCUGGGUACCGGCUUCUGGCCGUUGACACCUCCUAACACGACAUUCAACCCGCCGGCUGAGAUCACAAGUGACUACGAGAGGUUCACCCGCUUCUACAAGAACAAGCACGAAGGCCGAAAGCUGACAUGGCUCUGGCAACUGUGCAAAGGCGAGCUUAAAGCAGGUUAUUGCAAGAAUAGUAAAACCCCUUACACCUUCCAAGUAUCUCUGUACCAGAUGGCCAUCUUACUACUCUUCAACGACAAGGACAAGAACACCUACGAAGAUAUUGCUUCUGCCACUCAGCUGAACAACGAGACGCUGGAUCCUUCACUCGGCAUUCUACUCAAGGCGAAGGUCCUCACCAUCUCCCCUGAAGGAGAGAAGGUUGGACCAGGCAAGACUUUCAACCUGAACUAUGACUUCAAGAGCAAGAAGAUUCGAGUGAAUCUUAAUGUUGGCAUGAAGUCCGAGUCCAAACAAGAGGAAGUCGAGACGAACAAGACCAUCGAGGAGGACCGCAAGCUACUGCUACAGUCUGCUAUUGUCCGAAUCAUGAAGGCUCGCAAGAAGAUGAAGCACAGCCAACUCGUCAGCGAAACCAUCCACCAGAUACGGCAACGGUUCAUGCCCCAGGUGUCAGACAUCAAGAAGUGCAUUGAAAUUCUCCUAGAUAAGGAAUAUCUUGAGCGUCUUGAGGAUGAUGAACUUGGUUACCUCGCCUAA